AUGUACAUUAUCAGAUGUCAAAGAUGGGAUCGAAGAUGGAACUCUUCUUUGAGAAACUUAUUGAGAAAUAGCCUUUCAGAAAGCAGAUCUCUUUUGUCAAAGAAACCUACGCAUGAUCUACAGCCGACAGAACCAGCCAGAACUCGAUUUGCACCAUCACCAACUGGUUUACUUCAUAUAGGGUCCCUUAGAACAGCACUUUACAAUUACCUGCUUGCCAAAAGCACUGGUGGUCAAUUCUUGUUAAGAUUAGAAGAUACAGACCAAAAAAGGUUAGUUCCAGGGGCCGAAAAGAAUAUCUAUGAUUCGCUUAGAUGGUGCGGUAUUUCUUAUGACGAGGGACCUGGUGUUAAAGAUGACGGGUUAGGCCCGUUUAGACAGAGCGAUAGGGCUGAGAUUUAUAAGAAGUACAUUGACCAGUUGCUGGAGACUGGACACGCUUAUCGAUGUUUUUGUCCAAAGGAAAGACUGGAAGAUUUGCGCAAGAGUGCCCAGCUCAUGGUUCCCCCAACAACAGCCUCGUACGAUCGACAUUGUUCAAGGAUAGCCGAUGAUAUGGUACAAAAGCAAUUGAGGGAAAGUAGGCCCUUUACAAUUAGAAUGAGAUCACCCAAGAUUUAUCCACCUUUCCACGAUUUGCUACAUGGCGAGAUCGAUAUCCAGAUGCAAACGAACGCGAAUGACGUUCGUUACGAUGACCCCAUCCUCAUGAAGUCAGAUGGUUUACCGACAUACCACUUUGCAAACGUUGUCGAUGACCAUCUAAUGGGAAUUACGCACGUUAUUCGAGGUGAAGAAUGGCUACCGUCGACUCCAAAGCACAUUGCUCUUUAUGAAGCAUUUGGGUGGCAGCCGCCUAAAUUCAUUCACAUUCCUCUCUUAACAUCGAUGUCAGACAAAAAAUUGAGCAAACGUCGCGGCGACGCAGACGUUUUGGCGCUGAAACAGAAGGGUGUCUUACCUGAAGCACUUGUAAAUUUCUGUGUUCUCUUUGGGUGGUCUCCUCCUCGCAAUCUCGCCGCCAAAAACCACGAAUGCUUUACUUUACAAGAACUAGUCUCAGUUUUUAACAUUGACCAUUUAACGAAAGGCAACGCGAAGGUCGAUGAAAGCAAGCUUUGGUUUUUCAACAAGCAUUAUCUUUCGCGCCGGCUGGAAACAGAAACCGGUUUCAAUCAAAUGCUCGGUGCUCUUUACGAGUUGUUGCUCCCCGAGUUCCCCGAACUGGACCUGUACUACUUGACAAAGGUAUUAAGAGCUGUAGGGCAUUCUCUAGAGUCACUGAAUAGCUUUAGUGACAAUUUUUACUAUCUUCUGACCAAACCUCGCUUCAGAGAUAACAUUUACGUCAGAGAUUUUCUUCAAAACCAAGACCUGGCGCAGGUGCUACAAGUGUUAGAAAAACUUCAGGGCCACCUUAACGAAGACAAAAUACAGGAGCAGUUGGCAUCAGCCUCAAACCAGUUAAAAAUUCCAAAAAAAGUCGUUUUUGAGACUACCAGAUUUGCUCUAACUGGUUCGCUCCCAGGUGUUAAAAUUCAAACGAUCGUCUCUCUAUUAGGUUCUUCUGAGAGUAACGAGCGCUUCAAGGAGGCUAUUGAGCUCUUAAAGAUAGGUGAGCUAUCACCGACACCUGUCUAA